CAUCCAUAGCGACAUCAUAUCUCCCCCCACGUCCACUUUCCAUUCCCUCUGUCUCCCACCACAACAUAAACUACACAAAUAGUCACCACGACAGAGGUGAAAGAAUCACAAUGGCCUCCGAAGUCUCCUUCGCCAAAGCCUUCCUCUCCUCCCUGGACAGCCGUCCCAUCAAGCUCCGAGCAGACUAUGUCCACGACGACCCCAGCACUCGCGUGCCAAGGGUAAAAAAAAAGCACCUCCUUCCCCGCCUCCAACCCCCGCGCCCCACGAUGCCAAAGAAAACCACCACCCCCUCCGCACCAGGCUCCUCGAAAUCCAUCACCGUGACGCUCAAGUCCGCCCGCAACCCGGUGCUGGAAUUCUCACUCCCCAAUGCCCCGCUCGCCACGACGGCCGUCACGGAUCUGAAGGACGCGGUGCGCGCGCGCAUCGUCGACACCGCCGGUCAGAAGCCCACGCUCGACAAGAUCAAGAUCCUCUACCGGAAGAAACCGGUGACGGGGAACAAGACCCUCGCGGAGAUUCUGGAUGCGGAGCCUGAGUUGUUGGCUGGUGGGAAGGAGGUCGAGGUUGCGGUUAUGGUUAUGGGGGGUGGGAAGGUUGUGGAGGAGUCGGUGGAGGGAGGGCAGCAGCAGCAGCGUGGGGUGGUGGAGGGGGAGGAUGCGACGGUUGAGACGACUAUCAAGCCUGCUGUUGGGCCGAGUGGGGAGGAGGUCGUUAAGACGGACGCGUUCUGGGAGGAUUUGCAGGGGUUCUUGGAGCAGAGGAUCAAAGAUGCUGAGGAGGCUAGGAGGUUGAAGGGGUUGUUUCGCGAGGCGUGGGAGGGGAGGAAAUAAGUUCGUUCAUUGUGUUUAGUCGGGUUGAUGUGUAGGUUGGAUUGGUGUGAAGAAUGUGGGGUGCACGGGGGUUAAUGAUACCUUGUUGAUUUAUUCUGAAGAUGUGAAUACUGAAACCUCUUGUGUAUAAAUGUGUAUCCAUUUGAGGAUGAGACAGAU